AUGGUUGUUGAGCAGAAACUGCUGGCUGACUUUGAAUGUCCCGCACUGUUGGCUGUUGGUCUCGAAGUACUAAUGGUUCCGAUGUAUUACAUACGCGUGCCCGAGUUGUUUUCAAAUUCACCAGAACAUCGGCUCGAAGAUGCUCUGGAUGCGUUCCAGGAAAUCGGCGAAAGUAAAGAGCUUGUUGCUGCGCUCUGCUGUACCAUCGCUAGCAUUGCGUUCUUCAAUUUUUGCGGCAUAUCAGUAACAAAAUAUAUGAGCGCGACAACCCGAAUGGUACUGGAUAGUAUACGUACAAUUGUGAUUUGGGCUGUGUCGAUACCUCUGUUUCACAGCAGCUUCAUUCCUCUUCAGGUUUUUCGCCCAUUUUGGUUGUAA